AUGGUUCCCCUCAGAGGUAUGCGGUUGCCUCUUUUGUUAUUGCUGCUGAACACAACAUUUGGCUCGGCAUACCACUGGUUCAACUGGCAGUAUGAGGUCGGCUGCCAGUCUGAUACAUUUAUUGCUCCGGCGGAUGAAGCCGAGGUUGUCAGAUUUUUGAAAGAGGAGUUCCCUGAGCAGUCCCACAUCAAGGUCGUUGGAAAUGGCCACGGCUUUGGAAACUUGACGACCUGCAUCAACAAGGGCGCCACAAACAGAACCUCUCACAUUGUCAGCCUUGCAAACUUGAAAAAGCUUCAGAUCAACAAGGACAUGACCGUCACCGUCGGUGCUGGCUGGGAUGUCUAUGAUCUGGUAAAUGAGCUGAAAAACCACAACCUCUCCUUCGACUACCUCGGCGCCAUGCGCGUCCAGAACAUUGUCGGUGCUAUCAGUACUGGUACUCACGGCACUGGACAGGAGAUCACCAACAUGGCAACGCAGGUCGUUGCCCUCCGUGUUGUGGAUGCCCGCGGCAAUCUCAAGUCGAUCAAUGAAUACAGCAACCCUGAAGAGCUGAAGGCUUUCCGGGUUAAUCUUGGUGCCCUUGGUCUGAUCACCGAGGUUACCCUCAAGGUUCAACCGACCCACUUCUUGAAGAAGACCACCAAGGUGCUGAAUGCUACCACCGACUAUAAUCAGCUUUACACUGAAAUCGCGGACCUGUAUAAGGAGCAUGACCGCAUGACUGUCUGGGGUCCUCACUUCAAUUGGGAUGCUGAAGCUGAGGACUGGAUAAUUGAACCUACUUUCUUUGCCAGCUGGUGGGAACAAACCAACUACACUGGUACCGGCAACUGCACUCUCAACUACUGUGCCAAUGGUUGUGGUGACUGCAUCAAAGACUAUAUUUGCUAUGAUGAGACGAGUGAUGCAGUAUCCGCCCCUCCUCAGGGUAUCUGCUCAAGCCAAUUUUACGCUGAGAUUGAACACUUCUUCCCAAUGGAGCACUUCGUGGAUGCCGCUGUUAACUACACCAAGUUCCAGCAGGCGCAGACCCCAAGAAUGAAGGGCUUCGAGAACCAAAAGAUGAUCUUCCAGCUCCGUGCUCUCAAGGGCGAUGAUUCAUAUAUGUCUCCUGCAAAUACAUAUAACCUUGACUCGGACAGCAGCGGUGUCUUUGGCAUUCUUGAGAUUGACUGGAUACAAUCUGUAAACCAUUGGGACACGUUAUACAAUAACCAGGAAUUUGCCUAUGAGUUCCAGGAGGAGUUUGGUGCCUUGUACAAUGCUCGCUCCCAUUGGAACAAGAUGUCGCCCAACGACCCCAAACACACGUUGUCUGUCUUCCCCAAGCUGCCUCAGUUCCUGCAGAUCCAGGAGCGUCAGGAUCCUAACUGUCAAUUCGUGAAUGAGUUCUUAGUGAAUCAGCUCGGUAUUGACCGUUGUCGGGCUGCACUCAAUCUAUAG